AUGCUGCUGUUCAAAAAUGAGUACCAGGGCGGAGCCGAUUUUACUAUAUUGGACAAGUCCUUGGAAAACUGGAAGAUGGUCAAGAUUGCAAAAGAGUAUGAGCGAGAGGUCAAAGGUUACUGUCUAUGUACCAAAGGAACAGGAAGCGCUUGCUUGCCAAAGGAUCCGCUAAAGCAGUCUGCUCACUUGGUUCAGCCAUAUCUGGUGCUGCAAAUAUGGGUUCCUCUGACGGCACCCUUGGCUCUGGAACUGAACUUGUCUGAUGUGUCUGGAAGCAAGAGAAAGUUCUUAAUGUCGGCUGCCUAUCGAACCCUUCAAGUGACGCCACUACAUGUAUCAAUUCCACUCUCAGAGUCAUUACCUCGAGACACAUGGGUGAAUCUCGUCAUAGACCUCAGCAGCUUAAUCUCGGAAACGUUACGAGGUCAAACAUUUAGAUCUCUCGACGCCAUUCAUGUUACCGGUUCAUUCAAACUACGGAGGAUCUUUACACUCAAAGACAAGCCUUUCGAUGUUGAUCACUAUGGAGAAUCAUCAGAACCCAUACCGCGAGCAAACCAGUUCCCACCUGGCGUCGAAUACACGUCACACUUCAUAUGCCUCGCCAGGGCUGAACCACUACAGAGAAACGAACAACCCGUAGAAUCGCCAAUACCGCAAUUGCAUAUGGACGACAGCUCCAAGCCGCAUAUAGCGUUUGGACGUAAAGUAGCAGUAGGAGCUAGUCAGGCUCCAUCAACAAAGACCUCACCAACACGGUUGCCAACAUCACCAAAGAGACAUGAAACAGGCUCUGAAGAACAGAGCAGAUCCGUCUCUAGAGCAUCAAUUGCUAAACCUGUAGCUGUCGUUGCGGAACCUGCACCAGUUAAAAGACCUCAUAAACCUAUCCGCUCCCCACCCAAAGUUAGGAUUGUGAAGCCUGAUCCGUCGACCAUGAAAUCAAAACCAAGUGGUGGUGUUGUUGCGAAAACAGUGGUGUCGCUAGCGGUACCAGUGGCAAUAGCUCAACCGAUAGAGCAGAUGGUCAUCCCAAACGCUCCGUCUUAUAAUCCCUCAGUAUAUUCUGACGAUUUGGACAGGGAAGAGCCACCAGAUCAACUACAUACCGAAUUUGAUGGUGAAAGCGGUGAGAUGUCAUUUCCUGUUCACACCCCUGCUCAAACCUCAAAAUUGACGACGAGAAUCCCAUCGAGCUCCUUAUCAUCAACAGCUAAACCAAAGCCAACUCGCUCGAAUAUACCCUCACCUCGAACACGCCCAUUGUCAUCCAGUGCAUCAAAGCCUACGGAAUGUGUAGCAGAACCCGUCAUGCAACAACCAGAUAGACAGGAAUUGCACCAGAUGUCCCCUUUUGUCGCAAUGGACAGCGGUGUAUCACUGUCUGAAAACAAAGAGCCGGGUAUGAAAUCGAUAUUCGACGUUCUGGACAGUAUAAUACAAGACGAAGAGGCCGUGCUUUCAGAAUCUGAUCAAGCCAUUGAAAGCCCUCAUAUUGCGAAAGCAGCUGAGUUACAACGUAUCAACAGACCUGAACUUGUACAUACUGUGAAGGAACAGGCCCUAAAUCUUUCAAAAGGCAAAGAAGCAUCAGCAGCAAUGGAACCAACUUCACCACAUCUACAGAGUCAUGAAGAUGGGGAUGACGCAUCCAGUGAAAGUUCUGAGAUUGAGGUGGUAUUCGACCCUGUGAAAAAUGUGUAUGUAGAUAGCACCGGAACUGUAUACGAACUUGCAGUUUAA